AUGGAUGGAGACAUUGCACCAAUGGUUGAACUUGUGAAGCUUCACAAGAAGUAUGGCUUCUUAAGUGACCAAAACAAUCUCACCAUCUUGUCUUGGACAUGGACUUCACUUGCACUUUUAGCUCUUGUCUUUUUCCUCCAAGCGUUUCUCUGGAAAAAAGACUCAAAAACUAAGAGACUACCUCCACGUCUUAGAGGGUUCCCAAUUUUCGGAAGCCUUCAUUUGUUGGGAAAGUUUCCUCACAAAGAUUUUCAUAAACUUGCCAAAAAAUAUGGCUCCAUCAUGUUCUUACGUUUAGGCUCGAUUCCUACUAUUGUUGUUUCAUCACCUCACACUGUUGAGCAGUUCCUAAAAACUCAAGACCUUGUUUUUGCCAGCAGGCCUCCUGUUGAAGCUGCAAAACACAUAGGUUAUAGGCAAAAGAACUUGUCCUUUUCGCCUUAUGGAUCUUAUUGGCGAGCCAUGCGCAAGAUUUGCACCCUGGAACUUCUUAGCAGUGCUAAGAUUAGUUCUUUCAAGGCCAUGAGAAAAGAAGAGCUUGAUCUCUUGAUUGAGCACAUAAAAGAGGCAGCUGCUGCCGAUGUUGCGGUUGAUCUAAGUGACAAGGUCUCAUCUCUCAGUUCAGAUCUGACUUGCAGAAUGGUGUUUAGGAAGAAAUAUGCGGAUGUCGAGCUUGAUGAGAGAGGAUUCAACACUCCGAUUCACGAGGGUACAAAAUUGGCGGCCAUUCCUAACUUGGGUGAUUACAUUCCUCAAAUUGCUUCACUUGAUCUGCAGGGGCUGACCAAGCGAAUGAAGACGGUUUCCAAGGUGUUUGAUGACUUCUUGGAAAGGGUUAUUAAUGAGCAUGUUGAUUCUGAGGAUGAAAAUAGAACAAAGGACAUUGUUGAUGUCAAGUUGAGCUUCGUGGGUUCAGAAGAAACCAAAUACAAGAUUGAGCGAGAGCACGUCAAGGCCAUGCUCUUGGACAUGCUUGUAGCUGUAGAGGAUAGUUUAGCUGUAGCUAUUGAGUGGAUACUUUCAGAACUUUUCAAACAUCCUGAGACUAUGGGGAAAGUACAAAAAGAGUUGGAAAAUGUCUUGGGACUAGAUAGGAUGGCAGAAGAAUCAGAUUUGUUGAACCUAGAAUACUUAGACAUGGUUGUGAAAGUUGACAAAACAACUGCCAAUGAUGCCGGCACGAAGCGUGCUAGAGGCGAGCUUGUGGAAGGCCCAAGCGCGAAGAAAUCUGUGAUCGCUUAUAAGGCGAUUGGUGAGAAAAGCACCACUAGGCCCUUUAAGGGGCCAACGAAGAAGAUGUCCAAGCCAAUUGUGGGCUCGAGAAAAGGUAAAGCACUCAAGCAACACGAUGGCUUGGAGACAAAGAAGGUGAUUGAGCCUUAUGGGGGCUCGGGCAAAGAGUUUGCCAUGCAUGCUGGUGACCUUAAAAAAAGCGUGGCUAAGAAAAAGCCUGCUCCUACGGGUGCAGCAACUACUCCAGGGGGAGUAGACCUGGGAACUCACAAGGGAUGGAUACUGCUAGAGAUGGUAAAGGAGGAUACCUUGGCCAGGGCCGUGGUUGCGGAGAAAGAGAGGGAAGUUAGGCAAGCCAAGCUUGAACGCCUUAGGAAGGAAGUUGCACCCUUUGGGUUCAAGGAAAGGGAAUUCCUUAACAAACUCAAGGCGAGCGAGGUUGCUCGGGGUAAGGCUGAAGCUAAGGCAGCAAAGGCCGACUAG